UGCACAAACGCAGCACGCAUACACGGCAGCCAUUUUGAAAGACUUGAAUGUGCCGAAUUUCCCGUCAAAAUUCUUCACCAUAUCGCCCAAAAAUUUAAAACAAUCCUUACGCCAAUGUUGACCGUCAAGUAAUGUACGAGGGCAAGCAUAUUCACUUCUCAGAGAUUGAUCACAAACCACUGUGCUCGUACAGUGCCAAAGUCUGCAAACAGCGACGCCUCAAUGGCUAUGCUUUCUGCAUCCGUCACGUUCUGGAGGACAAGACUGCCCCCUUCCGACAGUGUGAAUUUGUGGCAAAGUAUAACCGACAACGCUGCACAAACCCCAUCCCAGCUAGUGAAGACCGCAAGUUCUGUCUCAGCCACUUACAAGUCCUGGGUCUCGUCCCAAGAAAGGAGAAGAGGUGCAAACCAGGAGACCCGUCCAAUGAUCAACAUGUAGCGGCAGAGGAACACACGAUUGAGUCACACGUUGACAAACUCAAACCCCCUAAGGAAAAGAAGAAGAAAGACAAACACAAACGUAAGCAUGAGAAGCACAAGAACAAAUCCAAGAAAUCCGAUGUUCAGAACCACUCGGCAGUGGGCAGUCAUGCGUUGAGUAGAAACUCUUUGGAGCUCCUUUUGAGAGCGUCACACAGUGGGUCGUUAGAAUCCACGAUACUUCCCCACUCUGCCACCGCGAAUGAUGGCUUGGACAAUGAUUUCGUCGCGGAGAAACCCAGGAAGAAGUCACGCUCACGGCAGUCGUCACUUCAGGAUCGGAUGCGGGAUAAGCUCGAAAAGAACAAGGUGCGCUUAAAACUGCAGCGAGAUCAAGAACUGCAGGCUAGGUUACAGCAGGUGACCAAGUCGUCGCAGUCACCAAGUCAACGCACUACCUCGCCAGCCUCAUCCCUAGGUGCACCGUCCUCGAGUCUUUCCCAGCCACCACUGUUUGCGGACUUAAGUGACCACCUCCCAACAAUGCCGCCGCAUGUAACACAUUCCAAAGCCAAGGUGGACACAGGUCCCAACUUGCCCUUUGCCGUGACCAACCUCCCACCAUUAAGUGCCUCUGUAGUUCAAGCCCAAACUAAGAAACCAAGGACGUUAUUCACAAAGAAGCUAGGACUUAAAUCAUUGGAUAGUCUCCGUGACAUUUAUCAGGCGGAAGAAGAAAAGAAACUGGACCUGUUCUCAUUAGGCUUAGAAUAUUCCUCUGAUGAAGAUGAAGAUGAAAGGCAGUCUCCCCAUAGAUACACUCCCAGAUUCACUGAUUAUUGUAGUAGCAGUAGCAGUUCAUCGGGACCUUCAAGGAAAAAUCGUGUGGAUGAGCUAAGUUCCCGUUUGAGGAGUCACUGUGCCUGUGUGCUGCAAUCUGACCGCUGUCAACGAACGAAGAGGCUUAAGUCCAAGAGGCUCUGUCUUGCGCUCAUCAAGGCGGCUAGGGAGCAUUCAUUUGGUGCUGUGGUGUCUAUUCUUGGGUUAAAUAGGCAACCCUUGACAAGACCCAAGGUGGAGCUUCCUCCGGACAGAACUUGUGCCAGCAAGGAAGAAAGUGGAGAUGCGUGCCAGGAGGAGGCAGUGCCGUACUCAAGCCGUUGCUAUAGACACAUUCUUGAGGACGAGCACCAAGAACUCUUCCAUCAAUGCUCGGCAGAGUUCCCAGGGGGAUUCCGUUGCAUUGAGCCUGCCUUUGAUAUGCAGAAUGACGACCCAUUAUGUCUGGAGCAUUGCAAGAGAAUGAGAUUACAGCCAAAGCAGAAAAAGCCCCGCAAAAAGACGAAACCCUCGGCGCUGACAAGACCCAACAAGAAGAAGAAAACAAGGAGAAACGUCAGACCUCAGAAGCCAAUACCUCCAGCCUUCCCGCAGAGGAACAGCGGUAUGCCACCAUCAUUCAGUUUAGACAUGCCUCGCCUUAGCCUCCCAGCAGACGACAUGGAUCCUGGCGACAUAAACCUUGACCUUGGCAUAGACACCUCUGACCUCCGCAUGACCUCCGAUGCAGAUAAUUCUGAUUUGAACUCGGAGGGCAACGGCAGUGAUCUAUCGGAGAUUCUUCCAAAGUUACAAAUGGAUAUGCCGGAGCUAUCCCUGUUUGAGUCGGACGACUUCACAAAGUUUGUCAAAGAACACGAAGAAGCUGACAAGAAUGGAGACGGUGACUACAUGCCCAUCCCUAUGCCCACCAGAGAAGAGCAGGAGGCUCUUGAAAGAGCCUUCUUGGAGGUGUCCAACUCAGUUCAAGAAUCCCUUGACCAGUUGUCCAAACAGUCCAUGGACCAACACUUGUCCACCAACAGCUCCAUGUUUGAUGAGCAGAACAACAGUGGAGAUUCCGGAGAUCAAGAUGGUGCUGACGGUCUACCCCGGGACCUGCAGUCGGCCGCAAACCGACUGUUGCAGGACACCAUGAGACAGAACACAGUGGACGCGAUGACUGGGUCGCUACACCACUCUGCAAACCUUGCCAACAGUGUGUCCACCAGUAACUUGUCUGUAACGCAAGCAUCUGGACCACUGCAUGUUAUGACCAGCGUAGCCGGACAGACUGCGUUUCAUGAUAACGGUGGACAUUUUAACGCAGUGGCAGGUCUGAUGGGGCAGAAUGCUUUGCCAGUGCCCCAGCUGCACGGCCAGUCGUUAGAGUCAUUGAGAAUGCAAACACCAGUCUUGAUGGGGAACGGAAUGGUCCAGAUGAAUAGUGCAAUGUUGAAUCUACAGAGACAUAUGGCUAAUUCACCACAGCAGUCGCCCCACAGCAACCAGAUGUCCCCACAUCAUGUACUCGCCCAGCACAGUCCCCAAAUUAGCAGCGCCAUGCUGCAGCAGCCGAGAACUAUAUCAGGGCAACCUAGCCCAAUGCACAGUCCAGUCAUCACUCUAACCUCUGCCAACAGUCAACAUAUGGCACUCCCCAGCUUCCGACAGACGUGGAGUGUGGCGCCCUCGCCCACGGCGCUCAUUCUUAACAAUAGCAAUCUGCUGAGUAUGAUGAAUCAGAACAGUCCGGACUCCACCCCGAGCCACACCCCAGUCCACACCCCAGCGUUGUAUCCACCGAUGACAUUUCCCCAGAAGCUAGGCUUCCCGCUGGGCACCAAUGAUCCUGUGUUGGCCAAAACCCUGGGGGUCGUGUUCAACUCAAACAACUCGGCCGUGGUCAGUUCUGCUGGUCAGAAUCACCUGAACUAUAUGAAUGUUACGCCGACCCAAGUCAGCACAGUUACCACUCCCUCAUCGAACACAACUUCAACAAAAGCAGGUUCUCAGACGUGAAACAUACCAUUAAAAUCCUGCAUUGUAUUUUAGCCGGCAGAACAUCAGACUAAAUGGUGUUUGCUCGGAUGAACUUGGUUUGCAGUUCCUGUAUUCUAGUAGGUUUGUUUUUUCCAUGCAACCAGAACUCGUUUCAAAAUUUUGCAUAGCUUUGAGAUGAAUAUGCAUACCUAGAUAUGAAUAUGCAUCAGACGUCUGUAUAUUUUUUAAAGAAAUAUCCAAGAGCAGCUAUACAGCUCCUCUGCUGGUGAAUUUUUGUUUUGAGUCCUCUCCUUUAAAAAGUGACAUGGAAUCUUAUGAGAUGGGUUUUCUUAACUUGAGUACAAUGGUCAUUAAAAUGUUACACCUACAUGUAUUUCCUGAAAAUAACAGUUGUAGUUUCUACUUUUAUAUAGUUUUUUUUUUAA